AUGAUGGAUGUAGAAGAGGAGCCAGUCGGUCAGCAGCUCGAGCAUUGGGAGCUCGAAAUCAAAGUCAGCGCAGACUUCUUCGACGCCAAACCCGACUUCGAACUCGAACCUGGACAGACGAGAAGUGGCGCGGGUGCGACGUACACGCUCCAGACACUCACUCGUGGAUUACCCCCUGGCGAGAACGCAGGGUUUCAGGUUGGAGAUCGAGCUUUCCUCUGGAAUACCUGGAGCUCCUUGUUGGGUACGGGGACCAAGUUUGCAUUGCUGAAGGCCAUGAUGUUGCCGGGGUUGACGGCUUUGGAUAGCAUUACGCUACUGGGACUGCAGGAGCACGAAUUUGAGGAGCUCAAAGAAGUGUACGCGAGCGAGAGUAUUCAGUACAACAGGUUCAACAUCGAUACGCAUGACGUCAAGUAUGCAAAACGUGUUUUGUUUAGUCGGUGCGUGGAAGGGCCAUAUCUGAGGGAGGUCUUUAGGCGACUGGAUAAAUACGCUGGAAUUGAGGGGACGGCCAUGAUGAUUCUCCAUGGCAACUUUGAAAGUUUAGGGGAAGACAAUGAGGUGGAGGGCGAAGAAGUCGCGGUUUCGGUGCAAGUUGAUGGAGGAGAGAUGGUUACGAACGGAGGGGGCGCUGUGCAUGCGAACCAACCCGAAGACCGGACAGCCGUCAGAGCCAGCGGCAUGAAAACAGCGUCCAUAAAGGAGGACUGGCAUACGAAUGUCACAUCUGUGAUGGAAGGUCGUUUUCUCGGAAAGAUCACCUUGCCCGGCAUCUCAAUAGACAUAAAAACGGGCAAAAGCUUAAGGGAGGCGAAUGAGCAAGGGCGCAGAGAAGGCGUGAAUGCAAAGUACUUGUGGAUCUGCAAUAAGUCUCGGAUUCCAGCUUCAAAACCCUACAGUUCUCCAUCUACCGACAAGGUCCCUCGACCACCCAUAGCUCGACUACCAAACAUGUCGAACAAGCGGAUAGAGCAGAGCGAAAUCGAGAAAUACUGGGAAAUCUUCGCAUCCCUCUCGAAUGGCGGCACACAACUCACCGGCUCCCAAGCGGCGCCGGUGCUGAAGAACAGUCAGUUGCGCGACGACCAGCUCGAGCGCAUUUGGGAUCUGGCGGACGUCGAUAAUGACGGCAAUCUGGACUUCGAGGAGUUCUGCGUAGCGAUGCGGUUGAUAUUUGAUCUGGUUAACGGGGAGUAUGCGGAUGUUCCGCCACAGCUUCCGGACUGGCUGGUUCCUGAAUCGAAAGCGCAUCUCGUACAGGCGAAUCGGGCGCUCACGGGUAGACAAGUCCAGUUCGAGAAGAUUGAGGAUGAUGAUGAUAGCCCCGGGCUGAAGGAUGGCUUCGAUUGGUACAUGAGCCCCAACGACAAGUCCAAGUACCAGGAGAUAUAUUCUGCGAACCGGGAUGGGCGGGGAGAUAUUACUUUUGAAUCCCUCGACACCCUAUAUUCCUCUCUCGACGUCCCAGACACCGAUAUUCGCUCGGCAUGGAACCUCGUAAACCCCUCCGCAGCUCCCGCCAUUAGCAAAGACGCCACCCUAGCUUUUCUACACAUUUUAAACAACCGGCACGAAGGCUUCCGCAUCCCGCGGACUGUGCCUCCCUCCCUACGCGCCAGCUUCGAGCGCAACCAGAUUGACUACCAAAUCGACAACCAGCGCACGUCGUCACCAGCACAGCGAUGGGGCACGACGGGCGGAGAGGAGACGAGCACAGGACGGAGAGCAAAGUUCGGAGACACAUAUCUGAGUCGAAUGGGCAUGGGUGGAAAGUCAAGCUACAAGCCCGCCGGCACGGACUUCUCCGCCACAAAGACCACAGAGGAUUGGGAGGAAGUGCGCUUGAAGAAGCAACUCAGCGAACUAGAAGCCAAAAUCGAGAAAGUCGAAGCCGGAGCCGCUGCCCGGUCUUCUGGCGGACGGAGGGAUACGAAGCCGGCGUUGGUGAAGAGGGAGCUAGAGCAGCUGCUAGAUUAUAAGCGCAAGGAGCUGCGGGAUUUGGAGUCUGGGGAAGGCAAGAGUAAGGUUGGGGCGAGCUUGAAGGGGGUGUCAGAAGAGAUUGAGACGGUCAAGGAGCAGGUUGAUGGGCUGGAAAGUCAUUUGAGGUCGAGACAGCAGGUUCUGGCAGAGCUGGAGCAGGAGAUCGAGGCGGAAAAGGCGGGGAGGUAG